AAACACUAAUAUGUUGAGUGGACCAGAAGAUUAUUGUAAUUUAGACGUCAAAAGUUUUGACAACCACAAAGAUGAGGUGAAUAGUGUGGCAUUUUCCAAUGACUUUGAGAUGAUGGUGACGGCUUGUGAUGAUUGUAGAGUACGAGUAUUCAACAGCAGGUCAGGAGACAUGGUCGUCAAACUGAAGGCUCAUACAGGUGCAGUGCGCUGUAUUGCUGUGAGUCCUAACAGUAGAUAUAUUGUCAGUGGAUCCUAUGAUAACACAGCUAUAAUAUGGCAGACCAGGGAUGCUAGUUUACUUCACAUGCUAAAAGGUCAUACAAAAAGUGUUGAAGCCGUUGCAUUUUCAUCUGACAGUCUUCAAGUUUGCACUGCAUCCUGGGAUAGAUCAGCCAUCCUCUGGGACAUACAAAAUGGUCACAGCAUAAAGAUCUUUACAGGUCACAGUAAUGUCAUCCAGGGUCUAGCCCUCUCAUAUGAUAGUAAAUGGCUGGCUACAGGAUCCUGGGACCAUACUGUCAGGCUAUGGACACUGAACAGUGCAGACAGGAUUGAGAAGGUUCAUUGUUUAGAGGGACACACUGGGAAUGUCAAUGCUGUAGCCUUUUCUAAAAUGGGCAUGCUGGCUAGUGGUUCUUAUGAUAAGUCCAUACGGCUGUGGAAUCCUCGCAAUCUCAAGGUGCUACAUCUGCUAACUGGCCACGAGGGCUGGAUCAAGGCAGUCUCAUUCUCCACAGACAGCUCCUAUGUUGCCUCAGCCUCUGAUGAUGAAACUGUCAAAGUCUGGUGCUGCCUAAAAGGGGUACUGUUGAAAACACUGGAGUCGAGAAGUGAGGUGAUUCACCAAUGUGGCUUUACACCAGGGGGCGCUCUGGUAGCAUCUGGGGCAGCCAACGUGACAUUAGCUCUUGUUGAUACAAAGUUUCUAGAAACAAGUGCAGAGAAUGAUGGAACAAGUGAAAUAUAUGAGAAUGAAGAUGAGACGCUUUAAUCAGUGACAAUUUAAAUGAGGAAGAGAAAAGCUAUGAGAGGAAAUGGACAGGAACCAGAAGCACGACUUUCUUCAAUUGUUAAUGCCCAUGGUACAUAUCAGGUGUAAUGCACUAUCAGAAUUAAGACAUUUAAUCUCAAACCCUUCUGUGACAACGCAAAGUUUAUAUUUAGACUAUUCAGACCAGAAGUUUGAAUGCUAUGACUUUUUUAGAUGAUUUGGCCAUGUUUUUCCUCUCAGAUUGGCCAGUUUCCAUGGUUUAUGCCCAAAA